AUGCCGAUCUGUAGCUGUGAAGAGACUAUCCACGAGUUUGAGUUGUUAACACGCGAUGCUGGGCGAGUACAGAAGGACACACUGAAAAAGAUCCUCGAGUUGAACGCAGAUGCUGAAUAUCUGAAGGAGUUCGGCCUCAAUGGCAGGACUGAUGUAGAGAGCUACAAAUCCUGCAUCCCGUUGUGUGUGCACAGUGAUCUUGAGCCAUACAUCCAUAGGAUUGCUGAUGGUGAUAGCUCCCCACUCCUCAAUGGGAAGCCCGUCACCUCCCUUUCCCUCAGUUCCGGUACAACACAGGGAAAGCCCAAGUUCUUGCCAUUUACUGACGAAUUGCUUGAGACCACACUUCAAAUAUUCCAGACUUCAUAUGCCUUUAGGAACCGUGAGUAUCCAAUAGGAAGAGGAAAAGCCUUGCAGUUUAUCUAUGGUAGCAAGCAAGUGGUAACAAAAGGUGGCAUCCUUGCUACAACUGCAACAACAAACUUGUACCGGAGGGCACGUUACAAGGAAGGGAUGAAGGAUAUUCAGUCUCAGUGCUGCAGUCCCGAUGAAGUUGUUUUUGGCCCUGACUUCAAUCAGUCCUUAUAUUGUCACUUGCUCUGUGGGCUAAUAUACUCUGACGAGGUCCAUCAGGUGUUCUCGCCAUUCGCUCACAGCUUAGUCCAUGCAUUUCAAACAUUUGAGGAGGUUUGGGAAGAUCUAUGUGCUGACAUAAGAGGUGGUGUCCUCUCAGAGAAAGUUACAGUGCCAUCUAUUCGUGAAGCUGUUACAAAAAUCCUGAAGCCCAACCCUGACCUUGCUGAUUUGAUCUAUAAGAAGUGCACGGGCUUGAGCAACUGGUAUGGUGUAAUCCCAGCGCUCUGGCCAAAUGCAAAGUAUGUCUAUGGUAUCAUGACAGGUUCCAUGGAGCCAUACCUAAAAAAAUUGAGGCACUAUGCUGGGCACUUGCCUCUGAUAAGUGCAGAUUACGGUGCAUCAGAAGGAUGGGUUGGUGCUAAUAUAAACCCCACACUACCACCUGAACAGGUGACAUACGCUGUUCUCCCCCAGACUGGUUAUUUUGAGUUCAUUCGUUUGGAGAAACCAGAAGGGGAGGAGACGGAGAAUAGUGCCUCCAUUCAUUACAUAGAAUCAGAACCAGUUGGCCUGACUGAAGUUGAGGUCGGCAAAAUCUAUGAAGUUGUGAUAACUACCUUUGGAGGUCUAUAUCGCUACCGGCUAGGAGAUAUUGUGAAGGUAGCGGGUUUCCACAACUCAACACCAGAGCUCCGGUUCAUCUGCCGCAGAAGCCUAGUCCUGAGCAUCAACAUCGACAAGAACACCGAGCAAGACCUCCAGCUUGCUGUUGAGGAGGCAGCAAAGCUCUUGGAUGCAGAGAAGCUGGAAAUUGUGGAUUUCACUAGCUUUGUGGAGAAGUCAAGUGACCCCGGUCGCUAUGUCAUCUUCUGGGAGCUGAGUUCUGAUGCAAGUGAGGAUGUCUUACGAAGCUGCGCAAAUUGCUUGGACCUAGCCUUUGUUGAUGCAGGAUAUAUGGGUUCAAGGAAGAUCAGAACCAUUGGCCCACUUGAGCUACGGAUUCUGAAAAGGGGAACCUUCAAGGAGAUCCUAGAUCACUUCCUGAGCCUUGGUGGCGCCGUGAGUCAGUUCAAGACACCUCGAUUCGUCAGUCCAUUGAACGUCAAGGUUCUGCAGAUACUAAAUAGGAACACCACCAGAAGUUACUUCAGUACCGCCUAUGGGCUCUGA